AUGGAUAUUAAUCAAAAACUUAGGAUUUUAAUUUGCGAAUGGGCUGCAGUGUCGUUAUUCGGCUUAUUGAGGGAUAUAGGCCUCAAACGCGAACAAGUUUUAGAAAAUUUAGAAGCAAAUCUAGAUUAUAUAAAUGAUUUUGAUUGUGCGCGUAUUUUCAAGAAAAUACCAGAAGAUUUCAAUAAUCUUAGCACAGAUGAUAUCAGAAUGCAUCAAAAAGUUAUUGAACUCCAUAUAAAUACUUUCCUAACAGAUCGAACUCGCAAUUUAAUCAGCUCUUCAGUUGCAAACUCAAUACAAAACAUCAUAGUAUUUGCAUCACGUACAAUAAAACCAAAUAAGGCUGUCAAACGCGAAAGAACUUACCUUAAAUCUGGAAUUUAUAUUCCAAAGACUUUUUAUAGCUACAUUCAAUCAAUGCUCGAUUACUUAAAUAGCUUUGUCAAGCAAACACCUAAAGAAGAUCUUGUUAUGCUGCAUAGUUCUGUUUUCGAACUUUUAAUCAAUGUUUUAAUGAAGAGGAAACAACGAAGUGGAACAGAAGGUGCAAUGAUCAACCUUAUGUCCGUCAAUGUAUCAAUCAGUACAGGUAUUUGGGAUAUCAUCUCAAAUCUUGCUCAAAUGAAGUGCGAACCGAAAGUUCAAAACUUAUUCCUUGCAAUUGUGAAGAAUGUUGAAUCAUUUAGAUGUGUUUCCAAGGAAACAAUGAAAAAUAUGGUCCAAGUUAUUUCUCAAUUAAAAGGAUCUUGGGCACUUUUACCUAUUUGUUCAUUUGUUACAAGAACUUUCUCCAAUGCAUAUGAAAAUGAAGAGGAAAACUACGCCGUUGAAUGCUUAGCUACUGAAUUAUAUCCUGUUUUGUAUAAAUAUGCCAAUGAUAAUCCAAAUGAUGAAUGGUUAACUUGCCUUUUCCUUAUCCUCAAGAUAUCUGAUCCAGAGAAAACAGGUUCAACAGUCUUAAAAAUUGCAAAUCUGCUGAAUAAGAAUUAUACAAAUCUUGGAGGAAUGAAUUACUUCAAACUCGCUGGAUUAUUCUUUGAAGCUCUUGUUGAUAAAUCCUUUGCACAAGAGAUUACUCAGUUUUUCUGGAAAUCAUGGUUCGAUAAGAAUGGAAAUGCUAAUAGUCAAUAUGCAAAUGAUAUGGAAUAUUGGAUAUUAAUAGCUCCAAAGAUGCAUUUCUGUGCUCCAAUUGCCUUCAUGGAGUUUCUUGAACCAAUUAUUCAAGUUGGAGAAACUCAUCCUCUUUUUGAAAAGAUAAUCAACGCAAUUCAUGUGAUCAUUACUAUCAAAGUUGAGUAUAUUGAAGGAAUUACAAUGGUUUUGGCUCCAUUUCUCAAGGGUUUAAAUCAAAAAUCGGAAAUUUCGAAAGAUUUAUUCAAAUUAUUUGCUCCUCUUCUUCCAAUCAUAUGGAAAUAUGAGUCAAGCUUACGAGAUACGAUUAUAUCUUUACUAGGAAAGAUGAUUAACAAUACAGAUAUCGCAAUUCUAGCAAAUUGUGCGAUUUUUAUCACAGAUGUAUUGGAGAACUAUCCAAUAGGAACUCUUGGAAUUGAAACAAUUACAUCAUUUGCUGAAAAUUUCUUAAAGAGAACUCAAUACGAUGUUUCAAUACAACAACUUCUUCAUAUUUUGUCAUCUUAUUAUUUAUUCUUCAAAGGAUUGCUUUUCUUCGGAAGUAGAGGCAUAGAAGUCAUCGAUUCGAAGCAAUGGAGAAAGAUUCUUUUCGUAACAGAAACAAUUUUGAUUACUUUCUCGUUCUUCCCAUCUGAUAAAGUCAAAAGCAUAAUACAAGAUAUCUGGAAUCUCACAAGGAGCCCUCUUGCUCAAGAAAGAUCGACAAAUCAGCUCAGUCUGAAAAUUAAAGAUAUUUCAAUGCUUCCUGUCAUGUGCUUGAACAAAAAUAUGCAAAGCUACAUCGAAGAAAAAUAUAUUCAGAUCAUUACUUUCUUUAUUAGCCUUGAAAGUAGUAAUUUUGAAUUCAAACUUGGCCUUGCAAAGUAUUUGUUCACAAUUACACGUCCAGAAUACUUUAUCAGCAACGAAAAGCUUCAAAUCCAAGGAAUUAAUCGCUUGUUAAUGAUUUUAUCAAAUCUUGAACAAGAAGAGUUAUGUAUCUUAUUAAGAUCUGUUCCUUUAUCCAUCUGGCCAGUCUACAUCCAUCAAAUGAUGAACAUUUCUGACUUAAAUCCAAGAUUAAAGUUCAAAUUUGCGAAUGCAAUGUCAGUAGUCAUCAAAUUCAAGGAUCUUACACGUGAAAAUGAGAGACUCAGGAACUCAUUCGUUGAACUAGUUAAAGUAUUCUUGAACUUACCGAUGCCUUCCAAUGAAAAUCAACAAAAAUUGGAUGUUUUAGCUUCAGAAUUCUAUGCAACGUUCAUUCGAGCGAAUUCAGAAGUCAUCAAAGAUCAUCCUUUCUUCAAAGAUCCUUAUUCACACUUAAAUAACAUCAUCCAAAGAUUAAACCCUGACUCAAUCACGCUUCCUGAUAUCUCUCAUGUCUUCUCUAUCCUUGAACUAGUUCAUUCGUAUGUCGAUACAUGGAAACUGACUGAUGAUGCAAUGGAAGAAAUCAUUGAUUGGACAACUUUCAUUGCUUUGAAGACAAAAGGUUCUAUUCUUCUCCAACUCAAGUGUCAUGAGCUUCUUCAGAGCCUUGUUGAGAAGAAUCAAGAUAAUUUGAGCACAAUCAUUUCAUGUUGCUUCAGAACUUCAAUAUUCACAACAAGUCAUGUUGCAGCAGCCAUUGUGCGCUCAAACUCAGAACCCCUCUACAAGGCAAUUCUUGCUCUCGGUCUUUGUUCCAAAGGAAAUAUUGUUUGCCGUGCAUUGGCCGCAGAAAUCGCAAAUAGCUCAUUUGGAGGGGAGUUCUCUCCAUUGUGUUACUUAGAUCCUUUCUUUGAAGAGCGUGUUGUCGACUUUUUCAACAAUAAUCUCGAUGAAAAAACGAAAGAACUUGUUUUCACUUUUCUCCCUGAAAUUGUUGGUAAAAAAAGACUUCACCAGAACGAAUUACCACAUUUCAACUUCAUUUCAACCAGAUUUAGGAACAUUACAAGUAAUUUCCAAGUUGAAAAGCUUCUGAACCUUACUUCCAUCACAGAUUUCACUGAUUUAUCUCCAAUCAAACCAUUGAUCUGUUUAUGGGACAAUUUGUUCAAAAGUAAUUCAAUUCGACCAAAUGAAGUUUUCGAAUUCUUGUUGUCGAAAGUUGACUCAGUAACAAACACAAAGAUUCUUUGCGCUGUAUGCAUUGCCUUCCAUAGAUCAUUCCUUAUCAAUUCCAAGGCAACAAGUCAAUAUUUGUGUUCGAAAUUGAGAAUUAUCAAAGAUCCGAAAAUGACUUUUGACAAUUUUGUUCCAACACCAAUAGAACUUGCAACGUCAGCAUGCAUGAGUUACAUAUACACACUUGAAGACGAUGUCCAGAGAUUCAAUGUCUGUUGGAUGGAUAAAAUCCAAUUUAUUCUUUCAUGGGCAAUCUUUUUGAGGUUCAAUCCUCUUUACGAGAGUUAUAUGAUUCCUCCUUUAUUAAUAUCUGUUUCCCAUGCUGCUGUUCCUUCAUCAGACUUGAACUUAUUCGUCAUGAAACCUUCGAAUUGCGUUGCUAACAACGUAAUUCUUCCUUUCAGAUAUAGAACGGAAUUCACAACUUCUCAAAUGGAAAUGUUGUUGAUGACAUUGAAGAAAUUCUCUCUUCUCACAGCAGAAUUGUUCUUGGAUGUUUGUGCAGACAAAGCGACAUCUUUGACGAAAUAUUCUUCGGACUUUUGGACAUUAUUCUCCAAUUUCUUCCAGCCAAGACAUUCAUCCGAAUUCCUCAAUGGUUUCAUGAAUGCGGCUCAAGCAGGAGAUUUGGCAACUGUCGGUUUGAUGCUUCCAAUUCUAACAGGUGUUGUCAGACAGAAUGCAACAGCAGAACACAUCGGAGGAUUCGCCGCUGUCAUUAUUUUCGUGAUGACUUAUGCUGGAAAUCAUCAUUUCCUCAAACUAAUUGUGAAACACCUUCCUGUAUUCGUUGAAACAGUGAAGAAAUCAAAUGAUGCAGGAACAAUCACAACAACAUUCGAAUGGAUCAUGAAAGAACAUGGAGGUGAAGAAUGCGUUGUUGAAGGUGUUUUGAAGGCACUUUCUGAAGCAGAUUCGUUGCAUUCUCCAUUGUACACGAGUUCUCUGAUCUUUUUGCAUGAAGUUGUUGUUUUAAUUGCAAUUUCAGGAUCGAAAUUUUCUCUGACUUCUGCAAUUUUGUUCUUAUUUGACUCAAUAAGAAGAAUAGAGACAAAAGGACUGUCAAUAAUGGUAUCUCAGGAUAUUUUGAACUUCGAAAGUCCAAAUAAUUACGAAGAAUUAACUGACAUUCUCAGAAAAUACUGGAGUCAGAGGGAUGUUACCUAUGUUUGCACAUUCUUGUUAACUUGGGCUGGAGCUUCUGCUAUUCCUGUUAUUCCUGGAAACGCUUUCACGAUUUUGAGAAUUAUUACUCAGAAUUGGACUGACGCAAAGUAUAUGCAGUCUGUUAAGACGCUAGGAACCGUCAUUUCUCACAUGAUGAUUGCUGCCACCGAGGAAAAGAUUAAACUUAUGCAGCCGGAUAUAACAAAAAUUUUGACAACUCUUAAUGUUGACAGAUAUGACCUUCCUGAUGUUGUCUGUCUCGUGCGACCACUUGUAGAAAGGACAAAAGGAAAGAAAUCAGCUGAUCCGUCAAUCCUUCCUCAGAUUAUGACAAAACAUGAACGUGAAUAUACAGUUGUUGAAGUCUGUGAGUUCAUCAAAGACAAUAUUCUUGAAUAA